AUGCCUCUUUUUAAGAUUGAGUGGAUGAGUGAUAAACUAAUGAAGUCGUUUGAAGGAGCACGAAACAAUCCAUUUCAAUUUAAGUUUAUUCAGCUGUGUCACACAUAUGCUGACCUCUCUAAACUACCAAGUCCCAAAGUGGUAUUAGCAAGUACGCCUGAUAUGGAAAGCGGAUUUUCUCGAGAACUUUUGUUACAGUGGGCGGAGAACUCGAAUAACAGUAUCAUAAUUACUUCAAGAACAUCUCCGGGAACCUUCGCUACGGACUUACUUGAAAAUACAUCUCCAGGUCGGAAAAUUGAAGUAGAUGUAAGACGUCGUGUAGAACUAGAAGGCCCUGAAUUGGAAGAGUAUCUACGAACUCAGGGAGAAAAGGUAAAUCGGUUAAUUAUAAAACAAGAUGAACAACAAGAAAGUAGCUCGGAUUCAGAUGAUGAUAUAGAAAUGAGUGUUAUAACUGGAAAACAUGAUAUGGUUAUUCGUCCUGAAAGCCGACAGCAUACAGGAUUUUUUAAAUCAAAUAAACGUCAUUAUGCAAUGUUUCCAUUCCACGAAGAUAAAAUAAAAUGUGAUGAAUAUGGUGAAAUCAUAAAUCUGGAUGAUUACCGUAUAGCUGACAGUGGUUAUGAAAUUAUUAACGAUGAACAGAACAAAGAAAAUUUGAAAAAAGAGGAAGUAAAGGACAAAUAUAAAACAAACAACGAUAUAGAACUGCUAGAAAAACCUACAAAGUGUAUUAGUCAACGUAAAGUUAUUCAAAUAAAUGCUCAAAUUCAGCGAAUAGACUUUGAGGGUCGGUCUGAUGGUGAGUCUAUGCUAAAAAUUCUUUCACAGUUACGACCUAGACGGGUAAUAAUAGUGCAUGGUUCCAGUGAUGCAACUCAAGCGGUCGCCAAACAUUGUCAACAAAAUAUCGGUGCACGAGUAUUUGCUCCUCAAAAGGGUGAAAUUGUUGAUGUUACAACGGAGACUCACAUUUACCAAGUACGCUUAACAGAAGGAUUGGUUUCCCAACUGCAGUUUCAAAAAGGAAAAGAUGCCGAAGUUGCUUGGGUUGACGGGCGUAUAGGCUUGCGGUCACAAGUUAUCGAUAGUGGAAGCAACGAAUUGGCAAUUGACCAAAACACCAUAUGUGAAGAAAAGAUGUUUACAUUGGAAACAUUAUCUACUGAUGAAAUUCCUGUUCACAAUUCUGUUUUAAUAAAUGAAUUGAAAUUAUCUGAUUUUAAACAGGUAUUGUUGCGCAACAAUAUAAAUUCAGAAUUUUCCGGUGGUACUUUAUGGUGUAAUAAUGGAACAGUAGCCCUUCGUCGUGUUGACACUGGAAAAGUUACAAUAGAAGGCUGUUUAUCAGAUGAAUAUUAUAAAAUUAGAGAACUUCUGUAUGAUCAAUAUGCAAUUGUUUAAUUGUUUUGUUUAAUAAAAUCUUUUUAUAAAAUAUUUAUUUUAAAUGAAAUCUAACAUUGGAUCUUCAGCACGGGUACGCUUGCGUUGCCACUCUUCUAUUUCUUCUUCUGUAGGAGGUUUUAUUUCAUAUAAACUGUUAUAUGGACGCUUCCGGUCAUCUAUUUCG